CCUGAUCAAAUACCACCAUUGUCCAUCAAUGUGGUGCAGCCCAAUGCGAUCGAGACGUCGGCAAAAUCAGCCUCAAAGCCAACAAUUUUCAUGAGCGAGGAUGUGGCCAAACAGGUAUCAAAAUUGACACUAAGUGGCGUGGGGGCACCCAUACCGGCCAUGGCGUUUGGCACCAAGGACAUUGUCUACAACAAGCAAGCCACAUUGUUACGGCGAUUUAACAACGACCAAAAAGCGGCCGAGGUGAUAAUCGAGGCGCUUAAAUCGGGCUACAGGCACAUCGACUCGGCCUACUUCUACAACGUAGAGCACGCCAUAAACAUAGCGUUGGCCCUACUGUCCAGCAAAAACCUGAUCAAACGGCACAACCUGUAUAUCACCACAAAAGUGUGGAUGACUUUUCAUCGCAGGGAUCGGGUGCUCAAGGGUUUGAAAAUAUCCCUGGUCGACAUGGGCGUGGAGUAUGUGGACAUGGCCAUUUUGCACUACCCCACUGGGCUCCAGGAUGGUGCAGAAAUCUGGCCACUCUACGGGAAUGGGUCAUCGAUGCCCCGGUCUUAUGAGAAAAAUGAUUUUCUAGAGGCCUGGAAGGGUAUGGAAAAGGCCAGUAGGCUGGGCAUUGCCAAGGCUAUAGGUGUGGCCAACUUUAACGCAGAUCAGCUCAAAACACUAUUAAGCAAAGCGACAAUUAAGCCGGCGGUUAACCAGGUGGAGUGCAAUCCGACGUACCAGCAAAACGAGAUGCUCGAGUUUUGCAACCAAAACGGCAUAAAAAUGGUUGCCUAUUCGCCGUUGAGAGGCGGCGACUAUCAGUUGGUGGACAACCCGGUGCUCGCGGCGAUUGGCAAAAAAUACGGUAAAACUGCCGCACAGGUGGCCCUGCGCUGGAACUUUCAACGCGGUGUUGUUGUGCUGCCAAAGGCGGCCAAAAAGAAACACCAGGAUGAUAAUAUAGAUAUUUUCAAUUUUGAAUUGGCCCAGGAGGAUAUGGAUAAAAUUGCUAAUAUUCCCCAGUUGCCCCGUGUCCUACAAGUGCCCUCAUUGGUUAAUCACUCUGAUUAUCCGUUUUAA